ACUUGUGCUGGACUUCUCUUCCCUGCAAAGUCUAGUGAGAGAGAAAUUGAGCCCGGAACAAUUUAAAGAUCAUAGAGGAAUAAAUUCUGUGAUUGUAACUAGAGGCAGUGGUAUACUUUUUUAUCUUCUUUGGUUUUAUUCCUUGCUUUCUUUUCUUGUUCUUCAGGCCACCUUUCUUGUUUUCAUUGGUUUUGGUAAAUCAUGGGAGUUUGAGCUUGUGGGUGUCAUUUAUUUGGUUGUACUAGCGAGUUUUUAUUUGUAUGGUAUGAAGAUAUAGACAUAUAUGUGAUUGGGUUGAAGUAGGGGGAUAUCAGAGAAAAUGUUAAAGAACAGAGAGCAGAGUUCAAGAAACAGCGUUAUAUCUCAGAAAUGGACUCUCUUGCUUUGUCUUGGAAGCUUCUGCGCUGGAUUGUUCUUCACCAAUAGAAUGUGGACGGUGCCUGAAUUUAAAGGUCUCGCAAGGACUACUGCAGUAGAAUCUGACAGCCUGAACUUAGUUGCAGAGGGUUGUGAUCCGAAGGCAUUGCAGGAAAAAUAUGUAAAGGGAGAAAUUGAAGAUAUACUGGGGGAAGUUGCUAGGACUAGGAGUCCAAGUGCCAUACAGACACUGGACAAAACUAUAUCAAAUUUAGAAGUGGAACUAGCUGCGGCCAGAGCUGCACAGGAGUCUAUUUUAAGUGGUUCUCCUAUAUCAGAAGACUUUAACAAGACUGAUCAGUCGUCUGGUAGAAGAAAAUAUCUUAUGGUAGUAGGAAUUAAUACUGCUUUUAGCAGCAGGAAAAGAAGAGAUUCGAUUCGUGCUACAUGGAUGCCGCAAGGUGAAAAACGAAAAAAAUUGGAGGAAGAGAAAGGCAUUAUCAUUCGUUUUGUCAUUGGCCAUAGUGCCACAGUGGGGGGUAUACUAGACAGAGCCAUCGAAGCAGAGGACAGAAAGCACGGAGAUUUUUUAAGGCUGGAUCAUGUCGAGGGGUACCUUGAAUUGUCAGCCAAAACAAAGAAAUAUUUUGCUACAGCCGUUUCUUCGUGGGAUGCAGAAUUCUAUAUCAAGGUUGAUGACGAUGUCCAUGUAAAUAUAGCAACACUAGGAGAAACAUUAAUAAGACACCGGAAAAAGCCCAGAAUAUAUAUUGGAUGCAUGAAGUCUGGUCCAGUCCUUGCCCAAAAGGGAGUGAGAUACCAUGAACCCGAAUACUGGAAAUUUGGGGAGACAGGAAACAAGUAUUUCCGACAUGCAACAGGGCAAUUAUAUGCAGUUUCAAAAGAUUUAGCUACUUAUAUUUCAGUAAAUCAGCAUGUGCUACACAAGUAUGCCAAUGAGGAUGUUUCUAUGGGAGCUUGGUUUAUUGGGCUCGAUGUGGACCAUAUCGAUGAUCGAAGACUUUGUUGUGGGACUCCACCUGACUGUGAAUGGAAGGCACAAGCGGGAAAUGUGUGUGUGGCCUCAUUCGACUGGACAUGCUCUGGAAUAUGCCGGUCAGUAGAUAGGAUUAAGGAAGUUCAUAGACGAUGUGGCGAAGGUGAGAAUGCUGUGUGGAAGGCAGCAUUUUAAGAACACGGAUCACACGACUAAGCACUCCUGGUGCUAGUUUUCGGUUACACUUGUAAAGAUUAUACACGGGGGAGGGGAGACGGGAGAGAAAAAGAGGCAGAGCGCCCUUGCUAAGCCGGUUUUCUCCAUUUUUGGGGAGAAAAAUUGAGUGAAGCAUUUUGAAGUGCAAGCAAGUGGUGGUCACCACCAUUUUUUUUACACUGCUUGGAGGACCAUAUUGUAAGUCACAUCAAUGGUUACUGAGCUCAUAAUAAAUAAAUUUUGUUCUUUUGGUUC